AUGGCGCCUUACAAGGUGGCCCUCAUCCCUCCCAAGGGUGACAGACUGGACAUGGUUCUUCCAUUUGACGGCACUGGCACAUUCCAAGACCUUACCAAGGCUGUCCUCAAUCGAGGGGCCAAAUAUCGCUCUUUACCUUCCACAAUCCGUCAGGAGCAUCUCAAAUUGUGCCUUGGUUCUGAGGACGGCUUCUUGAUCGAGUCUGAAGACACCGUUCAGGACAUCCUCACUCCGAGUGAGGUACUGUUUAUCAUCUUUCAAGAUGCAUCCUCCUCCUCGGCUCCACGUGACUCCAACGAGAACCCCCCAGCCCUCGAACCCACACAACCAUCACUCCAGAUCCAAAUUGUCACGCCAAACUCAGCACAGCGCAAUUACGAUCAUCCAAUAUUGCUGCAAGACGGACGUCAAUACGCUGCUACCACGACACUCAAUCAAAUAAAGACUGAUAUCGCACACCAACUUCACCUCCCCUAUUUACCUAUCCAGGAAGAUAGUCAGCAUCAGGCAUGCAAUUGCAAAUUGGCAGAGUUGCUAGUCAAGAGAGGUGUAUGGGAAAAGCUUGUCUGCAUCGGACAUGCUCCUGGUGCUUGCUCAUAUGUCGAUCAUCCACAAGUACACGUCGGCCAAUGCUGUGCACGAUGUUCUCAGCCCCUGACCAAGCCAGUGGUCCACACAGCUGACCCUGGGGAUUGCGAAGCAUCUAUAUUGAUCCGUACUGAUCUACCUUGUGGUCAUGCCGUCCAUUCAAAAUGCUCCACUGGAAUUGAAUACGAGUGCCCCGAUUCCUGCUAUUCUCUGGCAUCGUUUGCUGCUUCAUCAACAUUCACUGUUAUAUCAGGUAUUGGACAAGUUGAACAACUUCGCUCGGAAAACCCUACACAUGCAUCUCUGAUGACCGCCAUAUCCGAGCGAUAUGGGCCAACGUUCACUCAGGACAAAGCGAUACAUUCCAAAGGUGGUAGGCUCGUGGACAGCGACAUUUACGACAGACUACCCGUCAUGGCUAUCUGUGCCUCCAAACGCCAUAGUUCUAUGCAUCUCAGCAAGAGCCUCGCUUUCAAUAACAGCCUCCCCACCCAGAUCCACCUCGAUCUUCACACUAUCGAGGGGCCCAUAACUACCCUGAACAUGGAGUUGACACUCCUGGAUGCCAAUCUGGUUGACUUGGCCGUCAAGGGCGUCCUCACUCUCUACGCUGUGGAGCGAAAGUCGUCGGGAGAGGACAAAGUUUCAAAGGGCAAAGACGGCAUGUUCACCGCUGCAUCACACUGGCAGAUGCCACGAGCUCAAUCGGAGCGGGCUAUGGCAGCUCUCUUGUCAUCACUUCGUGUCUUCACUCAUACCAUUGGCACAGAUGAAUAUGAUGACGUCCGCCAGAACUCAAUACUUCGGAUUGUACAUCUCCUGACGAAGUUCCCUCCUACUGUUCGUGCCGCGCAUGUCUUGAUGGAUGGAAAGACACUACAGCCAAAUGAGAGCGCUGCCUUAGCUCAGAGUCUUGGAGCGGUGGCUGAAGAGUUGAUACCCAUGACUCUCAUCGCCAAUGAUAUGACACGGAGCUUGGAAGGUGCCAGACUCGUUCUCGGUCUAAUACUCCAUCGCGCUGGCGUCAACCAGAACAAACAACUCGAGGCGGCCAAUUCUCACGGAACAAAUGAUAAAUUGCCCUACAUUACCGCUUAUCGUACUAUCGACUUGAGAGACAUCAAGACAUUGGAGCCCAUUACCGAGCCAGUGUUGACGAACAUGGGUUUGGUCAACAGAAGUGUGUUCAACGUCUUUUCCUCCUCAGGCAUCUUCAAAGAUAGCCCUGCUUGUGAUCUCACCCAGCAGAAUGACGAUGACAAUCAGCGACUCCGUGUUGCUCUGCUCUAUGGAGGUACAACUCCGGAGGCUUCCUUCUAUGAGGCCAAUGCCCUUGGUGAAGCCCUCCAUCACCACAUCGACUCUGAUACUCGCCUCGAUUUGAAAUCCUAUUCAAUGGAUAUCCAAUAUCUCGCAUCCAUGUGUGAAGAGACAAAACUUGUCGUUGUUGCCCCACGACAGCUAUCGGGUGCAAAGUAUCCAAGCCUAACCAUGGAUCGGUAUGGAAAAAUGGCGGUGUACACCGGUCGAGCCGCGUGCGCAGCACCAGGCCAAGAUCAUUCAGUCUUCCAUCCUUUGACAGGGCUUGAGGAGACGGUGGACGUCAACAUCGUUGCUCAAAAGCUAGAGCCUAUCGUCAGAGCUCGUGAGGCAGAUGGCACCAACGUCUUUGACUUGUUUAGUGCCACAUUCCGCCGUAAGGAUGCUCUUCCCACUGAACUUGUUGUCUUCUGCGUGGACUGCAGCUACAGCAUGAAAGAUUCCUCAGAUUUCGCGGACCUCGAUGAUGAUACCUCGUCACCAGGCCCAUCGGAGUCAAGCAUCGAACCUGACGCCGAUCUACUAAUCGAGGAUGACGAUGACACUCCUAUCACUCUGGAUGAGAUCAAGACUUGGUUGAAGAGUCACGAAUCAUACGAAGAUAUUCUUGAAAUUAUCCAUCUUGGAGUUCCUCGUCGGCCUCUUGCAUCUGCAGCAGAAGUCCUUUCGUUUCUGCGAACUUUGACUGGCCGACACCUUGCACAUCUUUCUCAAAAACAGAGAGGCAUCUCGCGUUGGGCAACCCAAUCCUACUCGCGGAGAAGAGAUUCAUCAAGAGAGUUGAAUACAGUGAGGAAGAUUUACACUGGACUGAGCGUGCAUGAGAAAUCUCUUUCACACUUCUUAGCUUUCAUGGCCACAAGUCCCACAUUUCAAACAAAGGACUUUGAAUGGAAAUAUGGUGACGAUAUCCCAAAGAUCACCAACAAAGACAGCAUGAACACCGUUGAUCUUGAGGAAUUUUACACCAUUCCUGAAGAGUAUUUGUGUUCCAUCAGUCAUCAAGUGUUUGAGGACCCAGUAAUCACUGUUGACGGGUUCAACUUUGACCGCAAGGCGAUAGAAAGAUGGUAUCGUAUUCGAAGCACCUCUCCUUUGACAGGCCUGGCAAUCUCAGAUACGACCUUGAGACGGAACGAGCUAUUGGCCAAUCAGAUCAAGGCAUGGGUGAGAGCAGAUGAUGUUGUUCAAUCACUGCCCUCGACACCGAAACGCACUCGACUCAGCAUCCGCCAAGCCAAGACAGUUAUUGAAUUUGUUGCCCCAUCAGUCAGGUUUACUAGAGAUGUGCCCGGAAGUGCGACCCUCCUAGACCUGUACAAGAUUGCAUUUCGAGGCAUGCGUGGGGUUCAUGCCUCGUUCGCUUUGUAUUUCGGCAGUAUUCAUCUGGUGUGCUGUGAAGAGGCCAUGACCACCAAGGGUAUAGCAGGAUAUCAAACCAUCACAAUCGUUCCCAACCACGCCCCUCAAGACACGGCGGCGGGCAACACGGCUGAGGAGGACUCUACAUUGAUCAAAGUUUACAAGAGUCAUGACCCAACAAACAUGCUCUUUAGCUACUGGACCCCAACCCAUGCGCAGCUGACGGUCGGAUCAAUUGUUUUUCGCCAGUGGCGCUAUGCUCUGAAAUCGGGAUUCCAGUCAUGGGGACACGACAAGGCUGUUUGGUCUGAUCUCAAAGAUGCGGGCGAUGGAACCUGCUAUGGAUCAACUAAUUCUAAUUGGUCAAGCUUGUCAAAAGUUGUGACAGGCGUGCCCCGAGUCACCAUCAAGGACAAUGAACUCUUAUAUGAGCGUUUGAAAGAUCUGGUGAAAAAAGGCCACGCUGGUUCCUCGAUUGACCUGACCACCGAGAGAAGCGUGAGCACUGGCGACAAUGACAGAUACGGACCCCACCGCGUGUUGAAGGUCCGUCUCUAUGAUUAUGUUGACCCCAAGUCCAACGAAAAGGCCAAAGCUCUUAAGCAGAGAACUUUGACCAGGAUGUCAGUUACCAAGCAGGUCUUCAGUGCGUUGAUCAAUCGACUUGUCGCGUACAAUUUUGCUACCAACGUUGGCUUGGUGACUUUUGGCACAACCGCUCGAAUUACACAAAAUCUGACCGAUGUCAUAGAGAAUUUCAGACAGGCACUGGAGAAGAUGACCCCGGAGGGCGACACAUCGCUAUGGGAUGCUCUUGCACUUGGCGCUGACCAUCUGGUAGAGAUCGCAAAGAAAUAUCCCAAUGUCAAGAAGAGAAUCAUUGUAUUGAGCGACGGGGACGAUACUUGUUCGACCAGACAGGUCAACGAUGUGGCACGAAUGUUGAUUUACCUCUCAGGGGGCUAUAAGUUCGUACCAAAGACAAUCGAGGACGCUUGUUCGCUCUGCGAGCUGGAGCCCGUCCUAUCCAUCUUCGAACGACCACCUGUGCAUCGGCAACCAUUGAACUCUGCCAUCAGCGUCUCGCGACUCAGAUACCGAGCCACUCCUGAUCUCGUGACACGAGACCAAUUCCCUGCACGAAGAACACACCACAAUUUGCACGAUUCAUUUGUUCAGAUAGGAAAAAUCGAGAAAAUCGCAAGUCAGCGACUCUCACAAUCUUCCACGGUCCCAACGACAUCCAUUCGUUCGCGGAGAUUGCUGCUGGAGAUUCGCGACAUCGCUGCUCAUGCACACCCUUCUUACGAUGUCUACGUCUCAGAAACCAACAUGGGUUUUUGGAAAAUCGUUCUUCAAGGUCCCAGUGGAUCGGCCUACGCAUCUGGUUGCUUCGUUCUGUAUCUCGACAUGGGAGACGAUUACCCCCGUCGAGCCCCACAGGGCCGCUUUGUGACUCCGGUAUUCCAUCCAAAUGUGAACAGACAUGGAAGAAUUUGCCACUCCAUCUUUGAUCGCAACUGGACUGUUGACACAACCAACAAGCAGAUCCUCGACACCGUCUUUGGUCUACUCCUGGUCCCCGAAUUUAGCGACCCCAUCAACACCGUAGUUACCCUAAACUACUACUGGGACGAAGUGGCUUUCAAGGACGAGGUCGAGAAACACAUCCGCAAGCAUGCGAACAAAUCUAGACUGGUCGUCGGCGCCGAGAUUUCGCGAAAUAGUGCUGGUACCAGCAGCUCUGCUGUAGGAAAUGCUGCAGGCGCUGCAUGGGGCUCAGGUGUUGACCACGAGUCAUUCGGUUCGGGUUAG